CAAAAUCCAACAUAACGAAACAAAAUCCUUUUUCUUACCAAACAAAAUCCAUUUACCAACAUAAACAAAACUAAAUACUCCGUAAUACGGAGUAGAAGAAACGCAGUCGAUCCCAGUGCAGCGUUGAUGGUACGCCUGGUAGGCGCCAAACUCCAUGGAAAGGCUUCAAGAAUUCUGGUAACUUCAUUCGCAUGAAGAUCGAGCUCUGAGGUCAACACAGUUGAUUGAGAUAUUAUAUCUCCAAUUACUUCUCUCUUUCGUUAGCUGGUAUUACUCAGUUCAUACAAUCCACCAAUAGUUCUAGUGCAGUAGUAUUUAUAAAUUUCUUCGCUGUUAUAUCAAUUAUUGUAUUGGGGGAUCCAUUUUCACCGACCUGCUUUGGGUGCUAUUGAGUAAAAGUUGAAGAAUUUGCCAGCAUUAUUGGUUAUUGGUUCAGAAAGGGUUAUACUUUUCUUUGGACUAUCUAAAUAUUCACGAGGGCAUCUCAUUUUUUUCUGCUUCCCAACCAUUAUCUUCUUGUCCAGAACGUCAGAUGCUCUAAUUGAUAAAAAAAAGCUCAAGUAUAGUGUGCUGUUGAAUAGGAUGACUGGAUGGUUGCCUUUUCCUCCUUUUUUCUUGGAGUUAAAGUGAAUUUGGUGGAACUCAUUUGAUUAAGAUCUUAUAAUGUCUUGGUAUUGGUUUGCAUCAUAUGGGCCGAGGAAUCUAUUGGAUUGAAACAAACAGAAGUUUGAGAAAUCAAGAGGGAAAUGUCUUCAUCAAGAUCAGGCACAAACAGGACAAGUUCUGCUCGUUCGAGACAUGAUGCUCUUGUUGUUUCUCAGACACCAAUUGAUGCUAAGCUCCAUGUCGACUUUGAGGAGUCUGAGGAAAAAUUCGAUUAUACAACUUCAGUCAGUUUAUCAAAUCCUACCGAUAUCCCUACCUCAACGGUCUCAGCUUAUCUCCAGAAGAUUCAAAGAGGAGGUCUCAUACAACCAUUUGGCUGCUUAGUAGCCAUUGAUGAGCAGAAACUUGCUGUUAUAGGGUAUAGUGAAAAUACUCCAGAAUUGCUUGAUUUGGCACCAUGUACUGUUCCAAACAUUGACCAGCAAGAGUGUCUGACCAUUGGCACUGACAUUAGGACUCUAUUUCUUUCAGCGGGGUCUGCUGCACUUCAAAAGGCAGCAAGCUUUGAGGAAGUUGGUUUGACCAAUCCGAUUCUGGUCUACUCGAGAAGUUCCGGGAAGCCCUUCUAUGCAAUCCUACAUCGGGUCGAUGUUGGCAUAGUUGUAGAUUUGGAGCCUGUGGAUCCCAAAGAUCUUCCCGUUACGGCCAUUGGAGCAUUGGAAUCAUAUAAAUUAGCAUCCAAAGCCAUUUCCAGGUUGCAAUCGUUGCCAAGUGGGGAUAUACUACUGCUGUGUGAUGUUCUCGUUAGGGAAAUGACGGAUUUAACAGGUUAUGAUCGAGUCAUGGUUUAUAAAUUCCAUGAGGACGGGCAUGGGGAAGUUGUCUCAGAAUGCUGCAGCAAACCAGACCUUGAGCCUUAUCUUGGGUUGCAUUACCCGUCCACUGAUAUACCACAAGCUUCGAGAGUUCUUUUCAUGAAAAACAAGGUCAGAAUGAUAUGUGAUUGCUUAGCUCCAUCAGUUAAAGUGAUCCAAGACAAGAAGUUGGCUGAACCGUUAAGCUUGUGUGGGUCCACGUUAAGGGCUCCACAUGCUUGCCAUGCACAAUACAUGGCCAACAUGGGGUCUGUUGCAUCUUUAGCAAUGUCCGUGACGAUUGAUGAGGACAGUGACGAGCCAGGUUUUGAAGAUCAAGAAAGGGGAAGAAAACUUUGGGGAUUGGUGGUUUGCCAUCACUCAACCCCACGGUUUGUCCCAUUCCCAUUGAGGUACGCGUGCGAGUUUUUGGUCCAGGUUUUCAGUUCUCAGAUCAACAAGGAAGUAGAGGUGGUGGCGCGCCGUCAGGAAAAACAUAUUAUGCGAAUCCAAACCGUACUUUGUGACAUGCUACUCAGAGAUUCCCCCGUUGGGAUUGUCACCAAGUCUCCUAAUAUUAUGGACCUUGUGAGAUGUGACGGGGCGGCUCUUUACUACAAGGGCAAAGUUUGGUUGCUUGGGUCCACCCCGACCGAGCCUGAAAUUUGUGACAUAGCCAACUGGCUACUCGACUCUCAUAGAGAUAGUACGGGGUUAAGCACCGAUAGCCUUGUGGAAGCUGGCUAUAACAAUGCCUCUACUCUCAGUGAUUCAGUCUGUGGAAUGGCUGCCGUUAAAAUAUCUUCCAAAGAUUUUCUCUUUUGGUUUAGAUCUCACACGGCAAAAGCAAUCAAGUGGGGUGGUGCCAAAAACAACCCCACAGAUAUGGAUGACGAGAGGAAAAUGCAUCCAAGAUCUUCCUUCAAGGCUUUCCUGGAGGUGGUUAAGAGGAGUCUACCAUGGGAAGAUAUGGAAAUGGAUGCGAUUCAUUCCUUGCAGCUAAUAUUAAGAGGGUCAUUGCAAGAAGAUGGUUCUAAGAUGAUUGUGAGUGUAUCUCCUGCUGCUGUUGACCUUACCAGUAUACAGAGGGUCCAUGAGCUUCAUUUUGUGACACAUGAAAUGGUCCGUCUUAUUGAGACUGCAUCUAUACCCAUUUUGGCUGUUGAUGCUUCCGGUUGUGUCAACGGGUGGAAUGUCAAAGUGGCCGAGCUUACCGGAUUGGUUGUAGGACAGGCUAUAGGUGUGCCCUUAGUUGAUCUGGUUCUCAAAGAGGCUGUUGGCACCGUUUCAAAUGCUCUCUCACUUGCUUUGCAAGGCAAAGAGGAGAAAAAUGUUGAAAUCAGACUAAAAAAGUUUGAUUCGCUAGAAAACGAUGAUCCUGUCACUCUGGUAGCGAAUGCCUGUUCGAGCCGGGACAGAAAAGGAGAUAUUAUCGGAGUGUGUUUUGUAGGACAAGAUGUAACUGGAGAAAAGCUGAUUAUGGACAAAUAUAACCUUAUACAAGGUGAUUAUGUUCGGAUAUUACAUAGCCCUUCUCCAUUAAUCCCUCCAAUCUUUUUAAUGGACGAGUACGGCAGAUGCUUGGAAUGGAACGACGCAAUGCAGAAAUUGACUGGAUUGAAAAGAGAAGAGGCCAUCGGUCAAAUGAUUCUUGGUGAAGUCUUCACAGUGAGCAGCUUCGGUUGUAGAGUCAAAGAUAACGACAUGUUGACAAAACUCAUGAUAUUGCUGAACGGAGUAAUUUCUGGACAGGAUUUACAGGAAUUGAUAUUUGGGUUUUUUGAUGAGAAAAAUAAAUACAUCGAAGCUUUAAUAUCAGCUAAUAGAAGAGUUGAUGUGGCAGGGAGGAUUAGUGGGGUCCUUUGUUUUUUACACGUUCCCAGCCCAGAACUACAGCAUGCAAUUCAUGUGCAAAAACUGUGUGAGCAAGCAGCUGCAGAUGGCCUAAAAAAGUUGGCAUAUCUUCGUCAUGAAAUUAGAAAUCCAUUAAAUGGUAUAAAAUUCAUUCAGAAUAUGAUGAGAUCUUCUGACCUAAGCAAGGAUCAAUCUCUGCUUCUGAAGACUAGUAUGGCGUGCCAAGAACAACUGGACAAGAUCAUUGAUGAUACCAAUAUUGAAAGUAUUGAAGAAUGCUAUAUGGAAAUGAACUGUUGCAAGUUCAAUCUUGGUGAGGCUAUGAAAGCGGUGGUAAAUCAAGCUAUGAUUCCAAGCAGGGAGUGGCAGGUGGAGGUCAUGUGUGAUUUUCCCAUUGAAGCAUCUUCCUUGUUCCUGUUUGGAGACAAUUUGAGGAUUCAACAAGUGCUCUCUGACUUCUUGAUGGCCACUCUACUCUUCACACCCCAUUUCGAAGAUUCAUCUGUCUUGUUUAGAAUUAUUCCUACCAGGAAGCCUUUAGGAACCAAAAUGCAUCUAGUGCAUCUCGAGUUUCGGAUGACACAUCCAGCCCCAGGUGUUCCAGAAGAGCUAAUCCAGGAAAUGUUCAAGAAAAGUGAAAGCAUGUCGAGGGAGGGUCUUGGUUUGUAUAUAAGCCAGAAACUUGUUCGAAUUAUGAAUGGCACUGUACAGUAUGUACGAGAGGCAGAGAGAUCUUCCUUCGCAAUCUUUGUAGAAUUUCCAGUAGCAUAACAAUCAGAAAAUUUAUAUUAUUAUUAUUAUUGUUAUUUUGGUGUGUUGCGAUUUGCUUGAGAACUAGAAUGAACGCGAUAAAAAGAUGCAGGAAUGGGAUUCAGAAGUAACACCUCUCGGUUGCUGUUAAUUAAACUUCUUCUGAGUGAUGAUUCAAAAGAAUUGGAAUAGCUAUAGCAAUGGGGGAUAAAGAAUGAGAUGUCUUAAAGGUAUGAUAUUAGACUAUGAGCCCAUUUGGUAGCGCAAAGCUGUGCUGAAUGUCCUUAAUUAUGAGAUAACUAUAUUAUAUAGAUCUACAUUUUAAAGAGGGAAAAAUAAUUAAAAUACUUCAAACUUUGAAGGUGUGUGAGAUAAACACCCCAAACUUUCAUAUGUAAUUUAAACACCCCAAACUUUAUAUAAAAAAAUAUUUUAGCACCAUGGUCAUGUUUAAACAAGAAAUAAUCUAGUCUAAAUGAAUAUUUGAAUAGGGAAUCAAAAAAUACCGAAUCAAUUAUGGAAUAAUUAACAAAGGAAGUAAAUUAAUAUGUGUUGAUGAAGAAGAAAGAUCUUCGUAGUAUGCUUUUGUUUUACAGAAUAUAUUUCUAGUAUCUUGGUAAUCGAAUGCUCACCAUAUGUUCUACAAUGGGAAUAGUCUAAUGUAUUUAUGUAGCAAAAAGCUACCCUUUCCCCAUGUUUAGGAACCGAAUGCUAUCUUUACGCCCCGUCCUCUUACUUUCAGUUCUGCGUGGACUCCUUCGGCCCUAUCAUUAAUUUAUAAUAUCCCUUGAUUAGCUGGAGCGCACUUGGUUAGCUUAUGGGUUGGGCAUACCUCCUGCGAGUUGUACUCUUUUGUCGGGCUAGUCAAAAGAGAAUUAUUUAGGGCCCAAUAGUUGCCCCCAUUCGUGAUGGUGACGAUUAGUUCGCGGGUAAACAUAGUCAUCAUUACGAAUUUAAACUCUUCCGUCUGUUCGACUUGCUCCACUCUUCCCGAUGUCUGCCUAACUUCUCGUAAAAAGAGACACCUUUUAUUGCCAAACACGAUUUAGCCCCUCUUUCUUCUCAACCCUCGAAUCUCGUCCUCCAGCAUCUGAAAUUUCCCAAAUUUCUCUCUUCCAUUGGAUCCAUGGAACUUGCCGUCUUCAAGAGCCAAGGUGUCUUCGAGAUGAAGAACCUUAGGGCGGCCGAUUUGCGGACAAAGGACUAGGAGGAGAUUAAGUCUUUAUACGGGUUCCCUCCCUCUGCUCAUAUCCGAUUUCCAGCCCGUGGGGAACGAGUCGACUGGAUUUCUUCGGGGUGGCUUAACUUUUACCAAUAUCCCUUUGAAAAGCUUGGAGUUCGUUUCCCUUUCUCUGAACUUGUAAGUGGUUUCAUCAUUCGUGCUCAGCCUCCCCCCUGUCAAAUUAUGCCUCAGGCUUGGCGACUUCAUCGCUCCUUAGAGUAUUUGAUUGAGAAACACAGUCUUCAAUAUUAUGCGGAAGAUCUAAGCUAUACAUACGAUUUAAGAACUUCCGGAAAGGGACGAUUUACCCUUGUGACGAAAGCAGGAGCGGAUCCCAUUAUUUUGGGGAUUAGUGGUGCCAAUGAUCGAGGCUGGAUCUCCAAGUUCUUUUUUGUCGAGAAGUCUUCUUUAGGUGAACACAUGAACUCCUUCCCAGACCGCUUGAAAGUCAUUGGUAAACCUUAUAUGUUUUCUGAUGUAUUCUUUCCUUUUUUUAGCUGCUUUUGAGUGUGUCUUUAUGUUCUUCAUUGUUCAUCAUGUUUUCUUAGUGAACGAAGCGAAAACAAUGGAAAAAGAGGCAAAUGUAGGAGAGAAAGAAGCGGAGACGAUUCCUUUGGAGUUUGGUCCCCAUUCUAAAGAAAGGACUAUCGCAUUCCUGGCUCUAUCCCCUGAAAUCCGUCUUUAUGCAAAUCUUAAAAAAGAAUUUAGAGGUACCGUUGUUUAUUCUCCUUCUGUGAAUCCAAUUCGUGUUGGGUUAAGGUGUUCUGCCCGGAACAUGUCUAAGUCCUCUGGUUCAUUUCAAGAUGUCUCAGUUGUGUCAGUUGAUAGCACUGAUAAUGGUGAAGAUGCUACUGCAAGUGUUACUGAUGAUGUUUCCAUUAUGCCUGCUGCAACCGAAUGUGCCUCAGUGAUGUGUAAUGCCCCUCAUAUCACCUCUCUGAAGCCUUCUGCCGGUGCCUCAUCCUCAUCAGGAGUCCGCAAGGCUCUGGAUCCUGCUGAACUCUUGAACCUGAAAUCCAAGAAGAAAAGAUGACGCCUCUGCUUCCUCCGGAGGUCAACCCUAUUGCAACCACGACCUGCUCGCUUCCUCCCACUGCGCCAUGUACUAGUGUUGAUGUGAAAAAGGCAACUAUUAGAGCUGACCUCUCCGCCAAUUUUUGUUCACUGGAUAAUGCCCUGGAAAUGAAGAAUGAAAUGACUCAGAUGUUGCUUCCUUCUGCAAUUGAUGUCUUCGCUGGUUUCGAUGACUGUUUAAUGUCGUCGUUUGUAUUUCACGUUCAAUCUGUUGCCUUGGGUACGCCUGACUUUGAUGUUGUCAGCGUUUGUGAUGUACGAUGUUUUGGCCAAAACAUACAAGGUGCAUAGGUUUGAUUUUCGUAUUCUCCAUACAACGAGCCUAUGCAAUCCUUGUUAUCCCUUGUUGAUGUGAUCAAGGAGUGCGUUAGCAACUUUAGAAGAGCUGAUUGAUGUUGUCAGCUAUCAGUGGAGUUGACAUGUACAUGUUCUGAAAAUCUUAUGCCUGUUCAUACCGUAGCAAUCUGGCUGUUGGCUUUAAGCCAACGACCCUCUGAUGCUCAGUAAUCGUGAAUUGAUAAAUAUGUAAAAGAAAUGGUUUUAAACAUCUUUAAAGUGAUUGUGAAGUUGUUAACAAAGUAGAUGUUAUUUUUACUUAAUGUUUCAAAAUAAAUGAGGUGCCCUUUUUAUUUGUCAAAGUGAGCGAGUAAAUUAAGAUAAUAUUGAAAUGAGGAAUGAGCAAAUUGUUGUCACAUACCUCACUCAUGUCUUGUUCAUUUGCCUUUUUGUUAAUUUACCUGUGCAAAAUGAUAAAUAUUUCAGGAAUGAGACAAAAUAUUUCGGCCGUGGGAAAUGGAUCUUACGGCAAAAUAAUUAUCAUUUUCAUUAAACAAACCUGAAAGGCAAAUGCGGAUGAUGCUGUCAAAACUUUGACGUCAUCGAAACCAGCGAAGACAUCAAUUGCAGAAGGAAGCAACAUCUGAGUUAUUUCAUUCUUCAUUUUCAGGGCAUUAUCCAGUCAACAAAAAUUGGCGGAGGGGUUAGCUCUAAUAGUUGCCUUUUCCACAUCAACACUUAUACAUGGCGUAGGGGGAAGAAGCGAGCAGGUCGUGGUUGCAAUAGGGUUGACCGCCGGAGGAAGCAGAGGCGUCAUCUUUUUCUUCUUGGAUUUCAGAUUCAAGAGUUCAGCAAGAUCCAGAGCCUUGCGGACUCCUGAUGAGGAUGAGGCACCUAAACAAUUGAAAAUAUUAAGACAUCAUGCACACCUAUAAAGUUAUAGGUAGGGAUAACUCAGUUAGGUACUUACCAGCAGACAGAGAGGUGAUAUGGGGGGCAUUACGCAUCACCAAGGCACAUUCGGUUGCAGCAGGCAUAAUGGAAACAUCAUCAGUAACACUUGCAGUAUCAUCUUCACCAUUAUCAGUGCUAUCAACUGAGAUAUCUUGACAUGAACCAAGGGACUUAGACAUGUUCUGGGCAGAACGCCUUAACCCAACACGAAUUGGAUUCACAGAAGGAGAAUAAACAACGAUACCUCUAAAUUCUUUUUUAAGAUUUGCAUAAAGACGAAUUUCAGGGGAUAGAGCCAAGAAUGCGAUAGUCCUUUCUUCAGAGUGGGGACCAAACUCCAGAGGAAUCGUCUUCACUUCUUUCUCUCCCACAUUUGCCUCUUUUUCCUUCGUUUUCUCUUCGUUCACUAAGAAAACAUGAUGAACAACGAAGAACAUAAAGACACACUCAAAAGCAGCUAAAAAAAGGAAAGAAUAAAUCAGAAAACAUACAAGGUUUACCAACGACUCUCAAGCGGUCUGGGAAGGAGUUCAUGUGUUCACCUAAACAAGACUUCUUAACAAAAAAGAACUUGGAGAUCCAGCCUCGAUCAUUGGCACCACUAAUCCCCAAAAUAAUGGGAUCCGCUCCUACUUUCGUCACAAUGGUAAACCGUCCCUUUCCGGAAGUUCUUAAAUCGUAUGGAUAGCUUAGAUCUUCUGCAGAAUAUUGAAGACUGUGUUUCUCAAUCAAAUACUCUGAGGAGCGAAGAAGUCGCCAAGCCUUAGGCAUGAUUUGACAGGGGGAAAGCUGAGCACGAAUGGUGAAACCACUUACAAGUUCAGAGAAAGAGAAACGAACUCCAAGCUUUUCAAAGGGAUAUUGGUAAAAGUUAAGCCACCCUGGAGAAAUCCAGUCGACUCGUUCCCCACGGGCUGGAAAUCGGAUAUGAGCAGAGGGAGGGAACCCGUAUGAAGACUUAACCUCUCCUCCAAGUCCUUCGGCCGCCCUAAGGUUCUUCAUCUUGAAGACACCUUGACUCUUGAGGACGGCAAGUUACAUGGAUGCAAUGGAAGAGAGAAAUUUGGGAAAUUUCAUAUGCUGAAGGACGAGAUUCGAGGGUUGAGAAGAAAGAGGGGCUAAAUCGCGUUUGGCAAUAAAAGGUGUCUCUUUUUACGAGAGGUUAGGCAGACAUCGGGAAAGUGGAGCAAGUAGAACAGACGGAAGAGUUUAAAUUCGUAAUGAUGACUAUGUUUACCCGUGAACUAAUCCUCACCAUCAAGAAUGGGGGCAACUGUUGGGCCCUAAAUAAUUCUCUUUUGACUAGCCCGACAAAAGAGUAAAACUCGCAGGAGGUAUGCCUAGCCCAUAAGCUAACCAAGUGUGGUCCAGCUAAUUAAGGGAUAUUUUAAAUUAAUGAUAGAGCCGAAGGAGUCCACGCACAACUGAAAGUAAGAGGACGGGGGCGUAAAGAUAGCAUUCGGUUCCUAAACUUGGAAAAAGGGUAGCUUUUUGCUGCAUAAUUACAUUAGACUAUUCCCAAUGUAGAACAUAUUGUGAGCAUUAGAUUACCAAGAUACUAGAAAUAUAUUCUGUAAAACAAAAGCAUACUACGAAGAUCUUUCUUCUUCAUUAGCACAUAUUAAUUUAAUUUACUUCCUUGGUUAAUUAUUCCAUAAUUGAUUCGGUAUUGCUUGAUUCCCUAUUCAAAUAUUCAUUUAGACUAGAUUAUUUCUUGUUUAAACAUGACUAUGGUGCUAAAAUAUUUUUUUAUCUAAAGUUUGGGGUGUUUAAAUUACAUAUGAAAGUUUGGGGUGUUUUUCUCACACACCUUCAAAGUUUGAAGUAUUUUAAUUAUUUUUCCCUCUUUAAAAUGUAGAUCUAUAUAAUAUAGUUAUCUCAUAAUUAAGGACACUCAGCACAGCUUUGCGCUACCAAACGGGCUCAUAGUCUAAUAUCAUACCUUUAAGACAUCUGAUUCUUUAUCCCCCAUUGGUAAUCGAAUGCUCACCAUAUGUUCUACAAUGGGAAUAGUCUAAUGUAUUUAUGCAGUAAAAAGCUACCCUUUCCCCAAGUUUAGGAACCCAAUGCUAUCUUUACGCCUUGUCCUCUUACUUUUAGGUGUGUGUGGACUCCUUCGGCUCUAUCUUUACUUUAAAAUAUCCCUUGAUUAGGUGGACCACAUUUGGUUAGCUUAUGGGCUGGGCAUACCUCCUGCGAGUUUUACUCUUUUGCCGGGCUAGUCAAAAGAGAAUUAUUUAGGGCCCAACAUGUCAUAUAUUAAUUCUUUCAAAAAUGUAAAUAUAUGGUGUUCAUUGCAUAAUUUAAAUAACAAAUAAAAAAUGUUGCAAUUAUAUAGAGUGGGUGUAGUAUUAUUUAUUUUACAAUGAAA